GAUAAUGACCGACAGUGACCUCGACCAAACCGUGUUUUAGCGGAUAGGUCUUCACACUUUUUAAUCAACAGAAUAAAAGUUAUCGGUACCAAGAGCGGAUAAAUAUUGUCUACCAUUUAAGAGCAAUUUCAUAUGAAACACAUUUUUUUUUAUUGAGCGUGCGCGCAGGGUUGCAUUUUAUUGCAUGAGCUAAUGUCAGCUAUAGUGAUAGCAGCUCGUUUCCUUUAGCUUGGUACCAUCUUAUAUCAUACGUAGCUAGUUAGCUGCAACAAUGGAUAAAGGCAAAUCAAUUAUCGACAAAAAAGGGUCGGGAUCGUGUUAUGCCAAUGGACUGCAAAGAGGGUUUCAUUCUCAGGCUAGCAACGGUGGAUGCAAUGCAUACAAUUCAAGUGGAAACUGUAGUGGCGGUACGAGCAACGUUGAACACUUCCAUUAUCUGCAUACCGAUGACGUCGAAGCCAAUGGGUCCUCCCCUGCGAAAAGAUGCAGGUUACGAAGAAGAGUUGAAUCACUGAAGAGGAACAGACCACCCUUCCCCUGGUUCGGGAUGGACAUCGGCGGUACUCUGGUGAAGCUGGUCUACUUCGAGCCUAAGGACAUCACGGCGGAGGAGGAACAGGAAGAGGUGGAAAACCUGAAGAGCAUCCGCCGCUACUUGACCUCCAACACGGCGUACGGGAAGACGGGCGUCCGAGACGUCCACCUGGAACUGAAGAACCUGACCAUGUGUGGCCGGACGGGCAACCUGCACUUCAUCCGCUUCCCCACGCAGGCCAUGCACCGCUUCAUCCAGAUGGGCAGCGACAAGAACUUCUCCAGCCUCCACACCACGCUCUGCGCCACUGGUGGAGGGGCCUACAAGUUUGAGAACGACUUCAGAACGAUGGCUGAUUUAGAGCUGUUGAAGCUGGAUGAGCUUGACUGUCUGAUUCACGGCCUGCUCUAUGUGGACUCCGUGAGCUUCAACGGCCACCCUCAGUGUUACUACUUGGAGAACCCGUCAGACACCCAGAACAGCGUGAAGACACCGUGCAGUUUGGCCGACCCGUUCCCUAUGCUGCUGGUCAACAUUGGAUCUGGGGUUAGCAUCCUGGCUGUGUACUCCAAAGACGACUACAAACGGGUCACCGGUACCAGUCUUGGUGGGGGUACGUUCCUGGGCCUGUGCUGCUUGCUGACGGGGUGUGAGACGUUUGAAGAGGCGCUGGAUAUGGCUAGCAGAGGGGACAGCAGCAAUGUGGACAAGCUGGUGAAGGAUAUCUACGGAGGAGACUAUGAGCGUUUCAGCCUCCAAGGAUCUGCUGUGGCCUCCAGAAAUGCAGGGGUAUUUUCUAAUGAAGCACUGACACCGAAGAGCUCUGAGGAAGAAAGCUUUGGCCACAUGAUGAGCAAAGAGAAACGAGACUCCAUUAGCAAGGAGGACCUGGCCCGGGCUAUGCUGGUUACCAUCACCAAUAACAUAGGCUCCAUCGCACGCAUGUGUGCCGUCAACGAGAAAAUCGAGAGAGUUGUGUUUGUUGGGAAUUUCUUACGGAUCAACACCGUGUCUACUAAGCUGCUGGCCUAUGCCAUGGACUUCUGGUCCAAGGGACAACUGAAGGCCCUGUUCCUAGAACACGAGGGCUAUUUUGGAGCGGUUGGGGCAUUACUGGAGCUGUUAAAGUCGUCUGAGGAGCCAUGAAGACAUGCCCAUGUCGUCUGUAUAGAAGAUGCUGAAAGGUUUUCACGGAAGCCGCCACAAGAAACUGGGAAAAACUGGGAACAGCCAUUUAAAUAAUUGAACUGUAAAUAUCCUUUCACUCCCUGCCCUAAAAUCCCCUCAAAUAGAGGUUUUAAUAUAACUAAUGUAAUGUCCCAUGUCAUGAACCCUGGGUGGCAGGUAAAUGCUGAGGAUCACAGAAACGGUGUUCGUUUUUGGCACUGUGUGUAAAUACCUAUUUGUGUAGUAGUUCUAGGGUGCACUAAAGCCAAAACCUGCUGAGAUUUGACUUGUGUUGACAGUCCAGUUUUGUCUGAGGUAUAGAGGGAAAAAUUGCGUAUGUUCUGUCCAGGAAUGUAAAAAAAAAAAUGUCAG